CGGGUUGAUUAAAAUGGUAGAGUGAGUUAUAAUUGAGUUAUAUACAACCGGAGAUUGGAAACCGAGUCGAGAAUCAUCGUUGUUGUGGCAGAUGUCUAAGAGAACAAUGAUGGCCGGUGGUUCCAGAAGAAACGACGAAUCCUUCUUAACUCGGAUGGUCAACUCAGUAUUCUCCUUUCUUCGUUUAGCCGAGUUCGAGAUCCUCUUUGUUCUCUUCUUCCUCAUCGCUUUCCUCCUCUUCAAAGAUCUGACUGCAAGACCAGAAUACAACCAGAUUCUUGUUAAGAAGCCUGGAGCAGCUGAGUGGUGGAACUUUUAGGAAAGUAUGAAUAUAUAGUUCAUCAUAUAGACAUGUUAUAUUUUGUAAUGAUCUGGUUGGGCCUCUAUGUUUUUCCCCUAUAAAUUAUAUUGCCAAGCCAUGUGCGGUUUAUCUCAAUAGUUUUUGUUAACCAUAUUUUCCUGCAAAAGUAAGAUUAAGAAUUGUGCUUAAUCUGCAUUAUAUGUUACUUGAUAUAUUCUAGUGAUAAUUACUGGGUUUUUAUCUAAA